GAAGGCUGCGGCGCAAUGAAUGAGAGAGGAGGAAGUGAGCGGAGGCAGCGUGAGAGUGCAGUUUGAGCGAGCGCGAGCGAGUGAAGGACCCUGCCCUGUUGCUGCUGUGUUAAGGAAAAGCCAGGUUCGGAGAUGGUUGAUUCCCAGUACUUCCUCCCCAACGACGUUGGGAUCUCUCCGCUGGACUGCAGGGAGGCGUUCCAGCUGCUGUCCCCCUCUGAGCAGCUCUACGCGCACUACAUGUCGCGGGCCUCCUGGUACGGGGGCCUGGUCGUGCUGCUGCAGACCUCCCCAGAGUCCCCCGCUAUCUACGUGCUGCUGCAGAGGCUGUUCCGCGCGCAGCCCCCCGGCGAGUUGCAGAGCCUGGCCACGAGCCUCACAGAGGAAGAGUACCAGGCUCUGCUGGUGUACGCUGCAGGGGUUUACGCCAAUAUGGGGAACUACAAGUCCUUCGGAGACACCAAGUUCAUCCCAAACUUGCCUAAGGAGAAGCUGAAGGCCCUGGUGUGGCAGAGCCAGGCGUUUCGGGAUAACCCCUCCGAGAUGGAGGCGCUGUGGAGCAGCUGUGGAGACCUCAUGUACUCCCUGGAGGAGCGGCAGAAACAGCUGGGGCUGGGAGACAAGGGGAUAACGACGUACUUCUCUGGGAACUGCGGUUUGGAAGAUGCAGAACUUACACAGAAGUUCCUUGACUCGAAGAAUCUGAGUGCCUACAACACACGCUUGUUUAUGAAGGUGGAGGCUGACGGGAAACGCUGCUAUGAGGUGCGGCUGGCCUCCGCUGUCAAGGAAGCAGCUGCAGUGGACGGAGAAGCUGACAACAAGUGUGGCAGCUUUGAGUUCGAGGGCGCCACCUUCAGGGUGCUCAGAGGAGACUACGCGCCUCUCAUGAGGAAAGUGGCGGAAAACCUGGAGAAAGCCGCGUCCUACGCUGCCAAUGAGAAUGAGAGGCGCAUGUUGGAGGAGUACAGUCGCAGCUUCACUUUCGGAUCCAUCGAUGCACACAAGGAGGGGUCCCGCUACUGGAUCAAAGACAAGGGUCCCAUCGUAGAGAGCUACAUUGGCUUUAUAGAAAGCUACCGGGAUCCCUUUGGUUCCAGAGGAGAGUUUGAAGGUUUCGUGGCGAUGGUCAACAAGGCGAUGAGCGCCCGCUUUGCUCAGCUGGUGAGCUCUGCGGAGGUGUUGCUGCCAGAGCUGCCCUGGCCCGCUCACUUUGAGAAGGAUCUCUUCCUGAAGCCCGACUUCACAUCCCUGGACGUGCUGACCUUCGCAGGCAGCGGCAUCCCCGCUGGAAUCAACAUCCCUAACUACGACGAUAUCCGGCAGACCGACGGCUUCAAGAACGUGUCUCUGGGUAACGUGCUGGCCGUGGCGUACGCUACCGAGAAAGAGAAGAUCACCUUCCUGCAAGAGGAGGACAAGGACCUGUACGUCGCGUGGAAGGGGCCUUCCUUCGAGGUGCAGGUGGGGUUGCAUGAGCUGCUGGGGCACGGCAGCGGGAAGCUGUUCGUUCAGGAUGAAAAGGGGAACUUCAACUUUGACCAGCAGACUGUGAGAAACCCUGAGAGCGGGGAGCUGAUCUCCAGCUGGUAUAAGGGCAGCGAGACGUGGGACAGCAAGUUCUCCACCAUCGCCUCUUCGUACGAGGAGUGCCGGGCGGAGUGCGUGGGGCUCUACCUGUGUCUCAACAGCCACGUGCUCAGUAUCUUCGGCCACGAGGGCACAAACGCAGACGACCUGGUUUACGUGAACUGGCUCGCCAUGGUGAGAGCUGGGCUGCUGGGACUUGAGUUCUACACCCCUGAGAGUCAGAGCUGGAGACAGGCUCACAUGCAGGCUCGCUUUGUGAUCUUGCGUGUUCUGCUGGAGGCGGGGGAGGGGCUGGUGACUCUGCGCCACACCACCGGAGCGGACGGCAGGCCGGACGCCAUCGUCUCUCUGGACCGGAGCAAGAUCAGGAGCGUGGGCCAGCCGGCCAUCGGGAGGUUCCUGUGCAAACUGCAGGUUCACAAGUCGACAGCGGACGUGGAGGGAGGCAGGGCUCUGUACGAGCGCUACUCUGCAGUGACGGCCGCCGAGCCGGAGAACUUCCUGAAGCUGCGGGACACCGUGCUGCUGAGGAAAGAGACGCGCAAGAUGUUCGUCCAGGCCAACACCCGGGUCAAAGGGGACGCUGUGGAGCUGCUGGAGUACGAGGGCAGCGCGGCCGGGCUGAUCCGCUCGUUCACGGAGAGAUUCCAUGAGGACGCAGAGGAGCUGGAGAGAGAGCUUCUGGAGCUCAGCCGAGCCGACUCCCCCUGCUGGUGCUGAGCACACACUGCGGGCGCCACUCGCACACAUCAUGACAGCGCUGCUAUACUUCCUAGCAGCUUUUAAACAAGCACCAAAUAACAAAACCAAGAGAACAACUGAUUACCAAUUAGUGUUUGAUUUGGAAGUGAUCAGUUUAAUCGGUUGGACCCUGAUCAAGCUUAUUGAUGACGAUGAUGGAUAUAGCUUGUUUCCAGCUGUAAUAUUUUACAUGCAAGUUUAAAUAAACCUCCACUGAAUGA